UUUCUUUUAAAUUAAGAUAAAUAGACCAAUAUUAUAAAGUAUUGUGAACCGUAAUACUUAAUGUAAACACAGUAAUGGUGUAAAUCUUCAUAAAAGUUUAACAAGUAUAAAAACUAUGAAGGAAAUUUGGUUUUUUGUUCUGAUUAUAUGUGGAAUUUGUGGUCAAGGCUUAGACCAGCCACUUCCGUUUAAUCCAAACUACAAUCAACAAACUUACUCAUCGGAAAACAAUAAGAAUGUAAGUUACUACCGACCGAACUCCCAAGUGCCCUACGGGAGUUUCCCAGUGAAUGGAAACGAUUACAGUUAUCAAUCCCAAAGCUCUUUUUAUCAAGACAAUUCCAAUUCUGAUCUCUACGGCGAUGGAGAUAACGGCGUGGAUCCACAAAAUACUGCAUCGUAUUACGCGGGCUUAGAUUACGAAGAAAGAUAUCGUUGUCCUCCUCACUGGAAACGAUUUAGAGAAUCGUGCUACCGGUUUACGAAGUCUCCGGACCGCCCUCGCAACGAAGCUCGCAAGAUCUGUCAAGCCUAUGAAGCAGAUUUGGUAGCCGUUAAUAGUCCAGAGGAACACGGUUUCAUUAUCACCACAUUGAUGAACAUAGAUCCCCAGAGGGGUUCCUGGUACAUUGGAGCACAUCAGCAAACGCCCGGAUAUUGGACAAACGAUGUUGAUGGAUCCCAGCUCUCGGGUUUGGAGAAUGCAUUUAUUGAUGACAGGAAAGCUACAUACACUAGCUACAAUCUUCUCCCUAGAGACUAUUUGGCCUACAAAUAUUCCCAGGAGGAAGGUAAGUGGGGACUUGUAGCACUAGAAGGUACUCAAUAUAUACAUUCUAUCUGUGAGGGGCAAACUCAGAGGCUACAUUACUUAAUUGAGGAAGAGAGGUCAUUCACUUAUGGUCUUGAAACAUUUGACCCUGAACGAAUUCCAAUGGGUCCUUAUUUCAUUCAGGAACCAGUAGAUACAAUAUAUGAUCCUCUCAGGAACCAUUAUGUGCAAUUGACUUGCAUAGCUGGUGGCUUUCCUGCUCCGACAUACAAGUGGUAUAGAGAAGAUUAUCAAGUUGAUAAUAAUGUUUACUCAGAAAUAGACCCACUUUCUGACUCUAGGUUCAUAUUAAGCGGUGGAUCUAUGAUGAUAUAUAAUCCUGAUGCUGAUAAGGAUAAUGCAAAGUACCAUUGCACUGCUUCUAACAAGUUUGGAACUAUAAGAUCGGAAUCUGUGAGACUCUCUUUUGGAUUCAUUAGAGAAUUUAAUCAAAAAAGACCAGUAGAAAGUGGAAAUCAAUAUUGGGGAAAGGUUAUGUAUUGUGAUCCCCCCUCAUAUUAUCCUUCUGUGAAUUUUCUGUGGGCUCGUAAUUACUUUCCUAAUCUAGUGGAAGAAGAUAAACGUGUCUUUGUGUCCAAUGAUGGUGGAUUGUAUUUUUCGGCUUUGGAGACAAUCGAUAGAGGCAACUACAGCUGUAAUGUGAUGAGUAAAGUUUCUGAUGCAGGAAGGAAUGGACCUUUUUUCUCUCUUCUUGUAUAUCCGCAUUCCGAUUACCAGCAGUUGAAGUUCCCAAAUAACUUCCCCAAAGUAUUUCCAGAAGCUCCUAUCGUAGGUCAGGAAGUUCGUUUAGAAUGCAUCUCUUUCGGGUAUCCCGUACCGUCCUAUAAUUGGACCAGAAAGUAUGGUAACGUACCAAAAAAAGCAUACUUAAGCAAUUUUGAUAGAGUUUUGACCAUUCCAAAUGUUGGUGUUGAAGACGAAGGAGAAUACAUUUGUGAUGUGCGUAAUGAUAGGGCACGUAUAGCAAAUAGUGUGUUUCUAAAGGUUCAAGCGGAACCAAAUUUCACCAUACCAUUGCAAAACAAACACAUGGAUAAUAAAGGUGAUCUACAUUGGAACUGUGAAGCUUUUGGUAUACCUGAUGUGAAUUAUACUUGGUGGAAAAAUGGUAAUAAAUUAUCAAUGGAUACUUUAGAAACUGAAGACAGAGAUAGGUAUAUUAUACAAGACAAUGUUUUAAUCAUUAAGUACUUGGAUCCCACGAGAGAUCCUGGGACCUAUCAAUGUGAAGCCAAAAAUCAACUAAAAUCUAAAUUUUCUUCUGGACAAUUACGGGUGCUUUCAUUAAAGCCUUCAUUUAAAAAGCGACCAUUAGAGUCGGAAACAUAUGGGUCAGAAGGUGGAAAUGUAACUUUAAAAUGCAAUCCAGAGGCAGCACCUAAACCUACUUUCACAUGGAAGAAAGAUAAUAUUGUAAUAGGUGCCGGAGGUAAAAGGUUCAUAACAGAAACAGGAAACCUCAUUAUAAGGCAGCUGUCGAGAGAUGAUGAGGGAGUCUAUACCUGUGUAGCUAAAAACCAGUAUGGUUCUGAUGAAAGUAGGGGUCGCUUGAUUGUGUUACGUGCACCUAGGCUGGUAGAACACUUGCCACCCAGAAUUACUACUCAAGUGGGGCAAGUUGUUAUCUUACAUUGUAAUGCUGAAAUUGAUCCUAUACUCGAUACUGCAUAUCUUUGGAAUCAUAAUGGCAUCAGAAUGAAAGAGGCAGCUGAUCUCUAUGCUGAUAAAAGAUUGAAAAUUGAUGGUGGAGAAUUGACUAUAUAUGAUGUCAGCCUUUCAGAUGUUGGCGAAUAUGAGUGCGUAGUAAAGUCUGCCAUUGGGCGGAUCUCGAGCCGCACUCAGCUGCGAAUAGAGGGACCACCGGGACCCCCGGGUGGUUUACAAGUACUCAGUAUCCAAUUGUCCUCAGUUACACUCGAAUGGACUGACAGCAACCCCAACGGGCGCCCGAUUACGAGCUACGUUAUAACUGGUCGCACACAGUGGAAUUCCAGUUGGUACCUGAUUAAUGACAAUGUCGUGAAUGUAAUGGAAAUCGAUAGAUAUAAUGGUCGUAAGCGAGCUACCGUUACGACAACAUUACUGCCCUGGUCAGUGUACGAGUUUAGAGUGCAAGCAGUCAAUGUAUUAGGUGUGGGGAAGCCAUCAGCGCCGAGUCCUCAAUUCUCCACUCAAGCGGAUAGGCCUAGUCAAGCUCCACAAAAUGUUGGAGGAGGUGGCGGAAAAAUCGGUGAUCUUACUAUCACUUGGACGCCGUUGCCUAAAUCGGCUCAGAAUGGCCCUGGUAUCCACUACAAAAUAUUUUGGCGCCGCAAUGGAACCGAGGUGGAGUAUCAAUCACUUCUACUUAAAGAUUAUGGCAACAUUGGUAUGCAUGUUGUUCACGUAUCAUUGGAAAACUUCUUCACACCAUAUACUGUAAAGGUGCAAGCAUUCAAUGACCUCGGCGCCGGUCCUGAGAGCCAACCUGUUAUAGUUUAUUCUGCAGAAGAUAUGCCUCAGGUGGCACCCCAGCAAGUUUACUCACGAUCCUUCAACUCGACAGCACUCAAUGUUACAUGGAAUCCCAUAGAUCAGACACGUGACAGGCUAAGAGGAAAAUUAAUUGGACAUCGUCUCAAGUACUGGAAACAAGAAAACAAAGAAGAAGACAGCAUAUAUUAUUUAUCUAGGACAACUCGCAACUGGGCUCUUAUUGUAGGAUUGCAGCCUGAUACUUAUUAUUAUGUUAAGGUAAUGGCUUUCAACUCUGCUGGAGAAGGGCCUGAGAGUGAGCGCUAUCUUGAGAGGACUUACCGACAAGCACCUCAGAAACCACCUGCAUCUGUAAAUGUGUGGGCUGUUAAUCCUAGCACUGUUCGUGUCGUUUGGAGAUAUGUUCAGCCAUCUGAUUUAGAGGAACCUCUUAUUGGUUACAAAGUAAGAGUAUGGGAAAUUGACCAAGACAUGAGUACUGCCAAUGAUACAGUAAUCCCAGUUGAACACAAGCUAGAGGCAUAUGUUACCAACUUGACACCGGGCAAGACUUACAACCUGCGAGUGUUGGCUUACUCUAAUGGUGGUGAUGGAAGAAUGUCCUCCCCGCCAUUUACAUUCCAAAUGGGUGAUUACCGUAGUGACGCUUUGGGAUAUUAUGUCAAAAGUUCAGCUACAAAGAGAUUUGGUUAUACUUCUUAUGUGGUAGCUUUCAUAGUGUUUAAUGUUAUUGUACUGUUGUGAUUUGCAGAGGUCUGAUCUACUCACAGAUAAAGU